CGCAUGCGUAGUGAGUACCGGGGAACAUCCGGGAAUCCUGGGAGCAAGAUGGCGGCUGGGGCGUGAAGCUUUUUCAUAGUCGUUUUGUAACUGAGGGGAUCACAGAGGCACCAUGUCGGGGGCCGGCAGUAAGAGAGCCUCCGGAGAUAACAGCUCUGGCCCUUCAGAGAAAAAACCAAAUCGUGAUGAAAAGACACCAACUACACUUAUUGAGCCCAUCCGUCUGGGCGGCAUUUCCUCCACGGAGGAGAUGGAUAUGAAGGUCUUGCAGUUUAAGAACAAGAAGCUGUCAGAACGUCUUGAGCAGCGCCAGGGGUUUGAGGAUGAACUUCGUGAAAAGAUUGAGAAGUUGGAGAAAAGACAAGCCACGGAUGAUGCCACACUGCUAAUAGUGAACCGUUACUGGAGUAGGCUAGAGGAGAAUGUCCAGCAGCUGUUGAAGCGCUAUGAUACUGAGCCCCCCACUCAGAGCGGCCCUCAGGUUGAGCCCCCUGAGCAGAAGGAGAGUCGUCCAGAGACAGCGCAUGGAAUGGAGGAUCUGCAGCCGCUGGCAGAGAGUGAAAGUAAAGAUGUGUCUGCCUCGCCCUGUGCUCCUACAGUCCAUGCUUCACCUGGGGACCUUCCUGAAUCCUCGCUGAAUUUUCUGGCUACACUGGCUUUCAGCACCACUGAGGAAAUAGAGUUGCACCUGCAGGAACGCAUGGAAUUCAGCAAGAGAGCUGUGUCCUGUGUACUGGAAACGUCUAACCGGCUUCACCGCCGUAUGGAAGAACUGUGCGAGCAUAUCCAUAGUGGAGAGUUUGAGCUGCUGGAUGAAGCCCUCCGAACACUGAACAAGGAGCUGAUAAGCGAAAACCACAGAUUGCAGGAUCUAGCUACUGUCCUACAGGAGAAGCUCCAUCGCAUCUCCCUACAGCACCAUGAGUUGCAGGAUCGAGUCAUUUCCUCUGAGACCAAAGUUUCUGAAAUGGAGAGAAGCAUUGAAGAUCUUCAGUGGGAUAUUGAGAAACUGCGUAAACAUGAGCAGAAACUCAACCGUCACUUGGCAGAAGCUCUGGAGCAGCUUAACUCUGGUUACCACAUCUCGGGCAGCUCGGGGGGAUUCCAGGGUGGACAGACGACUCUCACUGUACAGAAAUUUGAGAUGUUGAACGCAGAGCUUGAGCAGAACCAGGAGCUGGCCAAUAGUCGCAUGUGUGAGCUUGAGAAGCUGCAAAAUGAGCUGCAAUCUGCUGUCCGGCUGAAAGAGAAGCUCAAGCUGGACCUGAGAACCCUUCCAGAGGAAGCUGUACGUAGCACGCAGGAUUUUCGCUGUCUGCAGUCUCAGUUCUCGGUCCUUUACAACGAAUCUCUGCAGGUGAAGACACAGUUGGAUGAAGCUCGCGCCCUUCUGCUCAGCACAAAGAACAGCCACCUGCGGCAGAUCGAGCGCAUGGAGAGUGAAGAACUCUCUGUCCAGAAGAAGCUUCGCACAGAAGUUAUCCAGCUUGAGGACACACUUGCUCAAGUGCGCAAAGAGUAUGAAAUGCUAAGGAUUGAGUUUGAACAGAAUCUUGCUGCCAAUGAACAAGCUGGUCCCAUUAAUCGGGAGAUGCGUCAUCUUAUUGGUAGUCUCCAAAACCACAACCACCAGCUCAAAGGGGAUGUCCAGAGGUACAAACGCAAGGUGCGAGAUGCCCAAGGAGAGGUGAGCAAGAUGCGGUACCAGAUGGGGGGAACAUCAGUCCCACCUGCUAAUGUGUUUGGGGGAGAAACAACUGCUGCUGUUGUGAAGGAAGAGGAACCAGAUGUGAAGAAAGAACCCGUGGGGCCCCUAAUUCGAGACUCUGAGACUCCCACCACCCCCGAGGUAAAAAAGGAAGAAGAGGAAAUUAAGAAGGAGUCUGAGAGGGGGAAAAUACGAGAACGCGAGCCAGAGAGAGAGCGUGAUAAGGAGCGGGAGAGAGAGAAAGAACGCGACAAACAGAAAACCGAGGAAUCCAAGCGCAAAGACUCUGACAUACUCAAACAGCUGAGAGCAGAGCUCAAAAAGGCCCAAGAAAGCCAGAAGGAGAUGAAGCUGCUUCUAGAUAUGUACAAAUCUGCCCCGAAAGAACAGAGGGAUAAAGUGCAGCUGAUGGCCGCUGAGAGAAAAACCAAGGCUGAGGUGGAGGAGCUGCGCUCUCGUGUGCAGUCACUAGAAGAAAAGGAUCGUAGGGAGAGGAAGAAACUCGCAGAUGAGGAAGCUCUGAGGAAAAUAAAACUGGCUGAGGAGCAGAUUGAGCAUCUUCAGAGAAAACUGAGCGCCACCAAACAGGAAGAGGAGGCUCUGCUGUCAGAGAUGGAUGUCACUGGACAGGCGUUUGAAGACAUGCAAGAGCAGAAUAUCCGAUUAAUGCAGCAACUCAGGGAGAAAGACGAUGCAAACUUCAAACUCAUGUCUGAGCGAAUCAAAUCUAAUCAGAUUCACAAACUGCUCAGAGAGGAGAAAGAGGAGCUGGCUGAGCAGGUGCAGGGACUCAAAACACAGGUGGAUGCACAGCUGUUACAGGUGCAGAAGCUGGAGGAGAGAGAACGCAUUUUACACACGUCGCUAUCCUCCAUAGAGAAGGAGCUGGCCCUGCGAACACAGGCAUUAGAACUGCACAAGCGGAAGGCUGUGGAAGCUGCUCAGCUUGCUGAAGACUUGAAGGUUCAGCUUGAACAUAUAUUAAGCACUUUGAAGGACACCCAGAGCUUUGUGUGUGAGAAUCGUAGUGCUAAGGAGAAGGAAUCGUUCAGCCUAAAACGAGCACAGGAAGAGAUAUCUCGGCUGCGCAGAAAACUUGAGAAACAGAAAAAAAUGGAAGUGUACGCAGACGCCGACCAAAUCCUACAAGAGGAGAUUAAAGAAUACAGGGCCCGCCUCACUUGUCCGUGCUGCAAUACGCGUAAGAAAGACGCAGUCCUUACCAAGUGUUUCCAUGUUUUCUGCUUUGAGUGCGUGAAGACUCGAUACGACUCUCGGCAGAGGAAGUGUCCCAAGUGCAAUGCUGCCUUUGGAGCACACGACUUCCAUAGAAUUUAUAUAAACUAAAUGUAAAGCAACUUCUUUUGUAAAUACAGGAAAAGAGAUGUUUGAAGACACCUCCAACUGAGACCACAGAUACUUCACCCCAAAACUGUUAUUAAUGUACUAUUCGCAUGGAGAUGCGAUCCGUUUACUGUUGACAUGGACACAGAUUGUGCCGCUGGGUUGCGGUUUGUUUGUUCAAGGGGGACAAUAAAGCGACCAACACAAUUUA